UAAAGUGUAAAAAUAUACACUUAACAACACGCACAAUUUUUUUUAACGGAAAAACUAACGGAAGCUACCCCUAUCAACCAUAAGAGGGUUAUGUGCUGAUAUUAUGAGAGUAAGGGGUCCUCUGCAAAAGCUUGUAACCACAGGGGGUCAAAUGCUAUUUACCCUUUUUUUAAACAACAAAUAUUGUUGUGCCUUAUUUCUGAGCAAUACGAGGUUCACGUGGUCAAUAAGAUGCCAUUACCCACAAUGAAAUCGCAUUGCACAUCUAAGAUAAUGAUUUAAGAACUUACUACUUUGAUCCAAAUUAUGAUUUUAAUUGGAAAUUUCGUGAGAAUAAUACUGGAAAUACUUUCUACUUUUGUCAUCUUUCGUGGUGUAAUGUGGAAGUAUCUUUUGAUGCAUUUACAUCCCAUUUGAAGGACGACCCUUGUACUGACGGUAUAUGUUAUUUCGAAGCAAGGAGAGAUGGUAUUUAUUUCUCUGGUGGGGAUCUUCCAAGAGCAAUGAACAAGAUGUAUGACGGGAAAAAUCAUACCGGACGGUCUGGACAAUUUUAUUAGCAAAACUACUCCCCUAAAAUCGCACAAUUUAGAGAUUGUGCUAAAAAAAACAUCAUAGGCCAUUUUCGGUAAACUAAAGGAGUAAUAUAAUUUGCUUUUGUAGGCCCCCAAGGAGACAAUAUGGCUCUGAAAGAUUUUGUUUUUGGACAAAAUGCACUACACCCCCUAUAAAUUUAUCAUUUUUGCACUUUGCCCCCUAAAAUUUAAAAAAAAAAAAAAAAAAAAAGAAUACUCCCCCUUCGAAUAUUAUUUUGGUCGCGCUUUGUCCCAUAACCCAAUUUUUGGAGGGCAUUGUGCGACAAAAAUAACAUUUUUAAUGGACAACAUGCAAAAAAGUAGUGUUGUUAAGGGGAAACGUGCAACAAAAAUACUCAAUUCCGAUGAAUAAUCCAUCAAGGUUUUGCUAUCGGGACAUUCAAUUUUAAAAAUUUUGAUGGGGUAAAGUGCGAAAAUUAGAAAUUUGCAGGUGGUGAUAUGCAAUUUGCCCUUUGUUUUUUUAACUUUGAGGGGGAAAGUGCGGAAAUUAGAAAAUUAUUGGGAAGAAAUGCAAUUUGCCCUUAAAAUAACAUUAAAAAACAAAAAACAAAAAAAAAACAAAAAAAAAUAAAUAAAUAAAUUCGGUAGUCUACGAGCCUUCUUCUUCUGUAGGUACCAGUUCAUUCUUCACUGAAAUUAUCUUCAUAAAAAAGAUGAGAGGAACCGAAAUACUGAUUCGUAGAGCAUUAUUUGCUAAAUCUUCCCACCAUUACGCUAUUUUUACUUAUCCCUUUUCUUUCUUCUGUUCAAAUUUUCACAAAGAUCGAUCCUUUUCACCUAAACCCAGAAUAGAUUUGAGUUGUAUAAAUGAAUUAGAUGAUGCUGUUUUCUUGUUUCGUCAAAUGGUUAGAAUGCAGCCACAGCCUUCCGUUUUUAAAUUCACCAAACUACUGCAAGUUAUUUUCAAGAUGAAGCAAUAUUCGGUUGCCCUUAAACUGUUCGACGAAAUGCGUCAAUCGGCUGCCCCUAUGAACGAGUACACGAUGAACAUCUUGAUUAAUUGCUGUUGCCUUUUGAAACGCGUAGACGUUGGUUUUGCUGUGUUCGGCAUCUUCUUUAAACAGGGCUACAACGCAAAUGUUGUGACAUUCACCACUCUACUAAAAGGUCUCUUUCUAGAUGGUAAGGUGGCCGAUGCGGAAAAAUUGUUUAAGCAGCUUUUGAUUUUGAGACUUUGUGAGCCCAAUGAUUUUACAAUUGUUACUGUGAUAAACGGGCUCUGCAAAAAUGGACAUGUUCUUGCUGCCCAUGAUUUGCUCUUGUUAUUGGAAAAUACUAUUUAUAAACCCAAUGUUAUGGCUUAUAGCGCUGUGAUUGAUGGCUUAUGUAAAGUCGGAAUGGUGGAUAAUGCACUCGAGCUGAAGUCUAGAAUGUUUGAUAAGGGCAUUUCACCUGACGUUGUCACAUAUAACUCGAUGAUUCAGGGCUUGUGCGAUUUUGGUAGAUGGAAAGAGGUGAAACACUUGUUAGAUGAAAUGGUCAACCACAAGAUUUGUUUAACUGUUGUUACUUUCAAUAUAUUAGUGGACUCAUUUUGCAAGGAAGGAAAUGUUAAAGAGGCUGAGGAUGUUUUGGAAAUUAUGAAGCAACAAAAUAUUCAUCCCGAUAUUGUCACCUACACUGCACUGAUAGAUGGAUAUUGUUUGCAAGGGAAAAUGGAUAAAGCGAAACAAGUAUUUGAUUCUCUAACGGGCAACGGCCUUAAGCCAUGUAUUAUGAGCUACGGCACUUUAAUCAACGGAUACUGCAAGAAGGGUAAAGUGGAUGAAGCUUGGCGUCUUUUUCUCGAAGUUUCUUCUAAAGGCUUAGAGCACACAAUAACUACCUAUAACAUCAUGAUACAUGGACUUCUUAGUGAAGGUCGAAUUAAUGAUGGAUGGAAACUUUUCAAUGAUAUGGAAACUCGGAAAGUGCAUCCUAAUUUAAGUACUUACAAUAUUUUGUUGGAAUGCUUGUGCAAGACUCAUCAGAUUUCUGAAGCAUUUUCAUUUCUACGGACGAUGGAAGAUAAAGGAGCAAGUCCCGAUAUAAUCACUUAUCGUAUCCUGAUUAACGGUUUGUGCAGGGAUGGGAAACUUGAAGAUGCAAAACAUCUUUUAAACGAAUUUCCGUCUAAAGGUUUGCAACCUGAUUGUCAAGCGUAUACCAUUGUUGUUGGUUCACUUUGUCAUGAAGGAUUUGUAGACGAGGCAAAAAAUUUGCUUGUGAAAAUGGAGAGAAGUGGUUGUGCACCGGAUAGCGUGACAUACAACAACAUAAUCCAGGGUUUGCUAAAGAGGAAAGAGGUUUGCAAGGCAAUGCCAUUCUUAGAGGAAAUGUACAAAAGGGGAUUCUCGGCGGACGCAGCUACUUCGUCCAUGUUAAUUAAUCACCUGCAAAUAUAUAGCAAAGAUGUUGUUCUUCUAGAAAUGAUUAAGAAAGUUGUACCAAAAAUAUAAAUUAUUUAUUUGAGCUUUUGUCUGUAAUAAAACAAAGUUUUGCUAUGUCUAUAAUGACUAGGUAUAGUUGCCUGUUGGUCUUUCUUUUAUGACUUGGUACGAUUUUUUGCGAUGUGUUUCCGAUUGAAGCGUGUAAAUAAACGUGUAUAUCAUGUUGGCCUAGUGAAUAUCCUUUCAAAUUAAA